AUGAGUUUAAAUUUCAGUAUAGCUAAUGUAGUAUAUGUUAAGAAUCUUUCAAGUGAUAUAACUGAAGAGAAUAUAAGAGAAAAAUUUGGUUCUUGUGAUGAAAUAAUAAAUAUAACAUUUAAGAAUUUUCCAGGUCUUAAUCAAAAAUAUUGCCAAAUUGAAUUCAAGACAUCAGAAGGUAUAACAAAUGCAUCUAGACUAAAUGGAGAAACCCUUUUGAAUGUUCCUAUGGUUGUAAGUGUUAUAGAACCCAUAAUUCAUAAUACCAAUUUGAAUGAAGUGUCUACAACCGAAAGUGAUAAAAAUGUAAAUAGUUUGUUAGAUGUUCGAAACAGCAUAACCAGUCAGGGUGUGCAAACUCUGCUUUUACAACAACAAGCAAUUUCUGAACAGAAAAAAAGACUCGUUGAUUUUCAAAAUUCACUAAACGAAAAAAAUAAUAAAUUUGAUGUUUUUUCAAAAAUUGUGUAUAUGGAAAAUAUUCCAGAAAAGUAUGAUGAAGAAGAUAUAAGAGAAUUUUUUCAAAACAUUGGAAAUACCACUAGUUAUAAAUUACAAUACAAUGAACAGAAAAAAGUACACACGGCCUUUGUUGAAUUUAAAAAUGAAGAACAUGCGAAAGCAGCUUUAAAUUUAAGUGGAACUAAAGUAGGAUUACAUGAGAUAUGUAUAAGAGAUGCAUAUAGCUUAAUAAAUGACAAAGACAAUUUAAAAAAUAAUUUUUCAUUUUAUAGUAAUAAUACAACCGGUGACAAUAGUAACAACAAUAUUAUGAAUAGCAAUACAAUUAUGAGCACUACAAAUAAUUUGCCUAUUAUAAAUACUAUGAAUAACAUUAAUAAUAUUAAUAAUAAUAAAUUCUUAUUAACAACUAAUCCAAAUGUUAAUGAAAAAGUUGAAAAGGUAUUAGCCUUAAAAGAAAAGCUAGCUAUGAAAUUAUGUGCCAUGUAUAACCCAAAUUUGCUCUUAGUUAAUAAUUUAGUUCAACCAACAAAUUCUUAUUUAUUAAAUGUAAAUAAUUCAGAAAAUACAAACAUGCAACAAUUUAAUAUAGAGACGACCAGUUCAAUACAAGAAGAAAAACUUAAUGAUAUAAAAAAUGAUAAAUAUGAUAAAUAUGAAAAAGAUAAAAAAAAAAAAAAAAAAAAAGAUAGCUCAAUAGAUAAAAGUUCUUAUGAUAGACAUGAUGGAGAAACAAAAAAAAAAUCACAUAAUAUAAAAAUAAAAAAAUAUAAAAGUUCAAGAAGUAGUAAAUAUAGUAAUUCAUCAUACAGUCAAGAAAAAAGCUCCUCACGUAAUUAUUCACGUAGUAGCACAUCAAGUAAUAAAUAUAAAAGAAAUACUAUAUCAUAUACUACAAGAGAAAAAAAAUAUAUAUAUGAUAAAAUUAAAAAAAGAAAAAGGUCAUAUAAUUAUAGUAAAUCAAAUAGUUCAUAUUCAGAUAGUAACAGUAAUUCAAGAAAUUCAUAUGAUUCUGAUUAUCAUCGUUAUAAAAAUAGUUAUAGGCAUAGAAAAAUAAGCAAAAGAAAACAUAAUCAUAAAUAUACAACUUCUUCUAGUCGUAGCAAUUCAUCUUAUUCUGAGAGGAGCAGAAGAAGAAGAAGAGAUUCAGAAGACACCAAACCAUGGUGGGUCAAAGAAUCAGAGAAAAUGAAAAUUAGACAAAAAAUAAAGGAACAAAAAAUGCGUGAAAUGGCAAUUAGAGAAAAACGUAGAAGGUAA